AUGGCAGCCACGAAGAAAGCACUUUUGGGGCCGCUAGUGGGAGCAGUGGACCAGGGCACCAGCUCGACACGCUUUUUGGUUUUCAAUUCAAAGACUGCCGAACUACUUAGUCAUCAUCAAGUGGAAAUAAAACAGCAAUUUCCAAAAGAAGGAUGGGUGGAACAAGACCCUAAGGAAAUCCUGCAUUCUGUCUAUGAGUGUGUAGAGAAAACGUGUGAGAAAUUGGGACGGCUCAACAUUGAUAUUUCCAACAUAAAAGCUAUUGGCGUCAGUAACCAAAGGGAAACCACUGUGGUCUGGGACAAGUUAACUGGAGAGCCUCUCUACAAUGCUGUGGUGUGGCUUGAUCUAAGAACCCAGUCUACCGUUGAGAAUCUUAGUAAAAGCAUUCCAGUAAAUAACAACUUUGUCAAGUCCAAGACAGGCCUUCCACUUAGCACUUACUUCAGUGCAGUGAAACUUCGUUGGCUCCUUGACAACGUGAAAAAAAUUCAAAAGGCAGUUGAAGAAGAUAGAGCUCUUUUUGGGACCAUUGAUUCAUGGCUUAUUUGGAGCUUGACAGGAGGAGCCACAGGAGGUGUCCAUUGUACAGAUGUAACAAAUGCAAGUAGGACGAUGCUUUUCAACAUUCAUUCUUUGGAAUGGGAUAAACAGCUCUGUGAAUUUUUUAAAGUUCCAAUGAAAAUUCUUCCCAAUGUCCGGAGUUCUUCUGAGAUCUAUGGUCUAAUGAAAGCGGGGACCUUGGAAGGUGUGCCAAUAUCUGGGUGUUUGGGGGAUCAAUCUGCUGCGCUGGUGGGACAGAUGUGCUUCCAGGACGGACAAGCCAAAAACACGUAUGGAACAGGCUGUUUCCUACUAUGUAAUACAGGCCACAAAUGUGUAUUUUCUGAACAUGGCCUUCUGACCACAGUGGCUUACAAGCUCGGCAGAGACAAACCAGUAUAUUAUGCAUUAGAAGGUUCAGUAGCUAUAGCUGGUGCUGUUAUUCGCUGGCUAAGAGACAAUCUUGGAAUUAUAAAGACCUCAGAGGAAAUUGAAAAACUUGCUAAAGAAGCAGGCACUUCCUACGACUGCUAUUUUGUCCCAGCAUUUUCAGGGCUGUAUGCACCUUAUUGGGACCCCAGUGCAAGAGGGAUCAUCUGUGGGCUCACUCAAUUCACCAAUAAAUGCCAUAUUGCUUUUGCUGCAUUAGAAGCUGUUUGUUUCCAAACUCGAGAGAUUUUGGACGCUAUGAACCGUGACUGUGGAAUUCCACUCAGCCAUUUGCAGGUAGACGGAGGAAUGACCAACAACAAAAUUCUUAUGCAGCUACAAGCAGACAUUCUGUACAUCCCAGUAGUGAAGCCCUCGAUGCCCGAAACAACUGCCCUGGGAGCUGCCAUGGCAGCAGGGGCUGCAGAAGGGGUUGGCAUUUGGAGCCUGGAACCUGAGGAUUUGUCAGCUGUCACGAUGGAGCGGUUUGAACCUCAGAUCAACGCUAAGGAAAGUGAAAUUCGUUAUUCGACGUGGAAAAAAGCUGUGAUGAAGUCAAUGGGUUGGGUUACAACGCAGUCUCCAGAAAGUGGUGAUCCUAGUAUCUUCAGUAGUCUACCCUUGGGUUUUUUUAUAGUGAGUAGCAUGGUAAUGUUAAUCGGAGCAAGGUACCUCUCAGGAGUGCCAUAA